CCGCACUCCUGUUGGCCUAUGGUGUCCUUUUUCUGUCCAUUCGCAAUCUCUCAAGCGCACCGCGAAGCCGUAAACCGCCACAACGCUUGCGCAUUGUACCCAAUUCUGAUCAAUUUGUUUCGUGACGUGACCCAGGCCCCGACUCAUACACACACCGAGCCUUCGGCUUCUUCCAACACCUCCUGUCAUCAAUAAUACACGUACCUUCCCUGCACAUCACCGCUCGUGCCAUCCCGCGCACCCCCCAAAAAAGAAGCUGUCUUGUCCGGUCUUCCGUUCGCCGAGAGCUCCCACCUCUUCGCUUUUUGUUCAGUUUUGUUUUACAAAGCCAGAUAACAGCCUACCUACCCCCUCUUCGUCAUCUCCGCGACCUGUCAUUUAUUGCCUAUCUGAAUUCCUUCCCCUCCUUCACCUAACCGAAGACCAGAGGCAGAAAGAAAGCCUUACCUUCUAUACCACAGUCAUCACCACCACCAUAAGUCAACCUACGACCGCAACUACUACCUUGGACAUCAGCAACCACCCAUACUCAGCCCAAGCCUCACUGCACAUUCGGCGUGCGGCUGAAACCAAUCUUUACAUUCUCUUCACUGAGCUCGAGGCCCGAUUGGCACUUUGUCCUCCUUCGCCGCAGCCUAACCCACCGGCCACCCAGCCCUACCUCUUGACUAGCGUGCCGACUGCCGCCUGACGUUGAGUCGCGGUUCCGCUCCCCUGCUUGCUUCCAGGUUCCAUAACCCAUCAUUCUCUCUUGGCUUUUACAUCCAGCUCCUGCGGCUCCCCUCUGCUCUCUCUGCCCACAGUAAUCCCCCCCACCUCGCCAGCUUCAUAUACCCCAGGAGCCUCAAUCCAGUCUCGCCUCCAAAGACCCUUCUCUUUCUUCUCUUGAACUUUUGCUUGCUCCGAAUCCGCACCAAUUUCCGCAAUGGCGUACAACAGACCCUACAACCCCGAUGAACUUCCAAGGUUCGCGGAACCCGAACAGAAGGGCGGCGCUGCCCCGGCACCUUCUCAGCAGCCUUCCCAGCAGCAUCCUCAGCAACACUCUCAGCCUCGCUACGAAAACAAGCUUCCAGCCGUCCCUCGCGACGAGUACCACCGUCCCGAUCCGCGGAACGACCAUCGCCGACCCAGCCCCAACAUGUACGGCGUCAGCUCUCCUCCUCCGACGGGCAACCCUCGCCCGAACGCCCAGCCCCGGCCACCCCCAAACUCCCGGCCGCCUCCUUCUCCCGCUCCUGAUAUGAGCGCAGACGGCGCAGAUCCGACACUGCUGCCCCUUUUCCGAGCGGUCGAUAAGGAUGGCACUGGCCAGCUGUCCGAGCGGGAGCUGUCAACUGCCCUCGUCAACGGUGACUGGACUGCUUUCGACCCUCAGACAGUUCGCAUGAUGAUCCGCAUGUUCGAUUCCGACCGCAGUGGCACUAUUGGCUUCGCCGAAUUUUGCGGCCUCUGGUCCUUCCUUGCGUCGUGGCGCACUCUGUUUGACCGAUUCGACGCCGACCGAUCUGGAAACAUUUCCCUCGGCGAGUUCACCAACGCUCUCGUCGCUUUCCGUUAUCGUCUCAGCCCUGGUUUCGUUGAGCUUCUCUUCCGGACGUACGACAAGCGUGGAGAAGGCGUCAUGUCCUUUGAUCUCUUCGUGCAGGCUUGCAUUUCUCUGAAGCGCAUGACGGACGUGUUCAAGAAGUACGAUGACGACAGAGACGGCUACAUCACCCUCAGCUUCGAGGACUUCCUGACGGAGAUUCUCAAGCAGCUCAAGUAGGUCUGGCAAAAAGAGAGGUCUAGGCGUGGAUUGCAAGACCCAGGGACUGGAAUGGCCCGAGUACACUUUUGGGCCACGUCGCAUGGAGUAGCUUUCCACACGGUCAGGCAGGCAAUGUUGGACUGCAAAGGAGACGUUGUCUCCAUGAUUUCAAGCAGAGAGAAAAGAAGAAGACGCGUUGUUCAGGUGGGAAUAUUAGAUACCCCGGGUGAAUGGGUGCAGGUAAUGGAGAGGUAUAUCGUCUGGAUUUGGCACUCUACUCGCAAGGGGUGGAACUCAGGAUUGAAUGCAUGAUAUGGGAAUCAUCUAAGGUGGAAAUCAUGACAGUACCUCAAGCAAGAUAUCGGGC